ACAACUCAAACCCAAAAAAGAGCGGGAGAUAUUCUCGCACACUUGGAAAUGCCCAGCGGCGGCGUUCGAGAGCUUACCGUUCUUACCGAGUUCAAGCCUUUCGGUUUGACCGUCGAAGCCCUCGACGGCAGCAAUUACUCCGACGAUGAUUUCAAUUAUAUACUCUUCGAUUCCCAACUCCCCCAACACAGAGAUGAUGCCGACCACGAGAUUGAUGAUGCUUCCGCAUUGUGCAUCGAAGGGAGUGAUCACGAACUUUUCAUCAGAAGAAAUAGGAUCAUAUGGAGUACGGGCCCUAGAGUUUAUAAGAGGUUUACAUUGCCCUCCAAAGUCAUCAAGGUAUGCUGGUGCAGAAUGGGUGAUAUGUCUGAAGCUUUAAUAUGCGUUCUCCAACUUGAUAGGUUAACUAUCUACGGUAUAGCAGGUGAAAUGGUUUCAAUCCCGCUUCCUCAUCCCGUGACAUCAAUCUGGCCUCUUCCCUUUGGUUUACUUCUCCAGCGGGCACCUGAAGGGAGCUUACUAACAAAUAUUUCAUUAUCAUCUUCAAACCCAUAUUUAAGUGCACGUGAUGUUUUCCGCCAAAAAAGGGAUAUUGGAUACAGUCCUCAACAUAGUUAUACUCCGCCCCACAUAUAUGAUAUGAGUACAAGAAAUGAGAGAACAUCAGUAUCCUCCCACCUGAUAUUGAAGGAUCCCUUAGAAGAUCCUCAGGUAACUUAUAUUGAGGAAAGAGGGAAGUUGAAUCUGAUGUGGGAAUUUGACGAAAGAACAAUUUGGACUAGCGAUUGCAUGCCUCUGAUGGCAUCAUAUAACAAAGGGAAGAUGCAGCACUCCCUGUGGGUCGUAGAAGUCAAUAACUCCAGCCCCCACGGGGCGAAUCCAAAAUCAUCUGAUAUGAUUGCUCCUGGGAUGUUAGCAAAGCAUUUUUUCCGACGGAUAUGGCAGGGGAAGGUUUCACAGACUGCUGCCAGUAAGGUUUUUCUGGCAACUGACGACGACGUCACACCUAUUAUAUGCUUUCUUAUCCAAGAACAAAAGAAAUUGUUAUCUUUAAGGCUUCAGAAUUUGGAAAUAAACAACGAGACAGUCUAUGAUAUUAAGCCUGAGAUGAGUUGGACCAUACCAGCAAUUGCUGCCGCUGCUGUUACUGUCACUCGGCCCAAAAAAAAGGUGGGACAACUACCCCUUAGGGAUAUCAUUGCUUUGACUCCAGAAAACACACUGCUUCUCUAUGCGGGGAAGUUAUGCUUGUGCAAAUACGUUAUGCCUUCUCCCCUGGAUAAAGAAAAGCUUUUGAGCACAAUGAAACCUUCAGAAACAAAUAACAUCAUGCGUGCUCUAGAAGUUGUAGAUUUAGCUGAUGCUGUGGAAGGGCGAGUAAACUUAGUUCUGAACAAUGGAAAGAGUUACAGAUGUACAUUUCGAAGGAGUCCUUCAUCAUCUCUAACUAAUGAUUGUAUCACAGCAAUGGCAGAAGGGAUGAGUUCUAGUUUAUACAGUCAUUUCCUUGGGCUUCUAUGGAGUGAUAACAAUUCUACAUACUUAGAUAAGGCAGAUUCUGGUGCUGACUCAGAAUGGGAGUCCUUCCGCAAUGUGAUUACAAAAUUGUGCGGAAAUCAUUCUAAUGCAACCUCUAGACUACUCUCAGAUACAGUUUCACAUUCAUCCUGGGAGUUUCUUAUCCAGAGCAAAUAUAAUCAGCGAUAUUUUGAAAGCAAUUAUGUAGCUGGUGCUUUUCCUGGAUCAUCAUCUGACUUGCAGGGAUUACAUUCAUCUGCUGCUGUUCUAGCUGAAACCCAGAAUACCAAGGAAACUUGCUUCCGGAAAUUGCUGAGUGACACAUUGGAUUCGUUGCAUGCAGUAUAUGAAACGCUUAAACUUGAUAAUCUUCGUAGAAGGGAUCUGGGGCUUCUGGUAGUUCUCUUGUGUGAUAUUGCCUACUUCUUGCAUGAAGUGAGCUACUUGGAUCACUAUAAACGUGAUUUUCCUAGACUACUGAAAGACUUUGGGAUGUCUCAGUACCUCUCUACCUCAAGAAGUCCUCCAAGUUUAUUCAGAUGGCUUGAAAACUGCUUGCAGCAUGGAUGUGGUUCUGCCAAUAUUUGUGAUCUCCCGCUUCUGAUAUGUAAAGAAGGAACUUCGAUUGUGAACUGGGGCAGGAAGAUAGUUUCUUUUUACAGUCUCUUGUGUGGAGCAGACCAAUCAGGAAGGAGUCUAUCGUCUGGCGUUACCUGUAAUAUUGCCCCUGGAUUAUAUCAUACUCCAGAAGAGCUGGUAGUUUUGGGAAUGGUUGGUGAGAAAUUUGGCUUGCAACAUUUAGACUUGCUGCCUGCAGGUGUCUCUCUUCCAUUGAGGCAUGCAAUAGACAAGUGCCGUGAGUGUCCACCCACAAAUUGGCCUGCUGCUGCAUACGUGCUACUUGGUCGUGAAGAUUUGGCGUUGUUGCAUUUAAGUGAUCCUGCAAAAUACGUGGAACUUGAUUUUACGAAAUCAAGUUUGAUUUCGGUGUCUACGCCUUACAUGUUACCUCUACACCCAGUGACCAUACCUUCUUCAGUCUCUGAUACACUCGAAACUGAUAGUACCAAGCUAGAGGACAUAGACAGUUUGGAGGGAUCUGCUUCAGAUGGAAUGGAGCAUAUUUUCAAUUCCAGCACACAGUUACGCUAUGGUCGUGAUCUGCGGCUUAAUGAGGUGAGACGCCUUUUAUGCUCUGCAAGACCUGUAUCUAUUCAAACACCUGCCAACCCCACAGCUUCAGAUCAGGACUUCCAACAGACUCAGCUCUGGCAUCUUGCACAAAGAACGACUGCCCUUCCAUUUGGCCGUGGUGCAUUUACACUGGGUACUAUAUGUACUCUUCUAACAGAGGCACUUGCUGUUCCAAAGCUUGUCUUGGCUGGUCGGUUGCCUGCACAACAGAAUGCAAUGGUUAAUUUAGACCCAAAUAUUAGAAAUAUUCAAGAACUCAAGUCCUGGCCAGAAUUUCACAAUGCUGUAGCUGCUGGCUUGAGACUGUCUCCUCUCCAGGGAAAAAUGUCAAGAACAUGGAUACUUUAUAACAAACCAGAUGAACCUAAUGUUACUCAUGCGGGACUUCUUCUUGCUCUGGGCUUGCAUGGGCAUCUUCGUGUCCUAACUAUUACCGAUAUAUUCCAGUAUUAUUCUCUGGAACAUGAAAGUACUACUGUAGGAUUAAUGAUUGGCCUUGCUGCUUCUUAUAGAGGAACCAUGCAGCCGUCAAUUUCAAAGUCUCUGUACGUACACUUGCCUGCCCGGCAUCCAUCUUCAUUUCCAGAAUUAGAACUGCCUACACUUAUACAGUCAGCAGCACUUAUUUCCGUGGGGCUACUUUACGAGGGAUCUACACACCCGCAAACGAUGCAAAUUCUUCUGAGUGAAAUAGGUCGCAGAAGUGGAGGAGAUAAUGUACUUGAAAGGGAGGGCUAUGCAGUUUCAGCUGGUUUUUCACUAGGACUGGUUGCGUUGGGUCGCGGGCAAGAUGCCAUUGGAUAUAUAGAUACCUUGGUGGAUCGGUUGUUCCAAUAUAUUGUUGGCAAAGAACUUCAUAGUGACAGGCUCCACUUAUUUUCAACAUCAGCUGAUGAGCAUAAUCGAAGUACGGGACAGAUUAUUGAUGGAAACCUGGUCAAUAUUGAUGUUACUGCACCUGGGGCUAUAAUUGCUUUAGCUCUCAUGUAUUUGAAGACAGAAUCUGAGCUGAUAGUAUCUAGACUUCCAAUUCCACAAACUCAGUUUGAGUUGCAGUAUGUUAGGCCUGAUUUUGUAUUGCUUCAUGUCGUUGCACGGAAUUUGAUUAUGUGGAGCAGAAUUCGCCCAUCAGAAGACUGGAUUCAGUCUCAGGUUCCUGAAGUUGUCCAAAAUGGAGUGAAGGGUCUUGGAAGUGAAAUGGAGGAUAUAUAUGAGGUCGAUGUUGAAGCAUUAGUACAGGCAUAUGUCAAUGUCGUGGUUGGAGCAUGUAUCUCUCUUGGCCUGAGAUUUGCUGGUACAAGAGAUGCAAAUGCACAGGAGUUGCUUUACAAAUAUGCUAUCUACUUCUUAAAUGAGAUUAAGCCCGUUUGUGUUUCCAAUUGUAACGGUUUGCCGAAAGGACUAUCCGUUUAUGUUGACCGUGGAACAUUGGAGACAUGUCUUCAUCUGAUUGUUCUUUCUCUUUGCGUGGUAAUGGCUGGAUCUGGUCAUCUACAAACAUUCAGAUUUUUGAAAUUUCUUCGCAAUCGCAGUUCUGCUGAUGGGCAUGCUUAUUUUGGUACUCAAAUGGCAGUGAGCUUAGCAAUUGGUUUUCUUUUCCUUGGGGGCGGAACAUGGACAUUUUCAACCAGCAACAGUUCUAUUGCUGCUUUGCUGAUAACACUUUAUCCACGUUUACCUACUGGACCAAAUGACAAUCGAUGUCAUCUUCAGGCAUUCAGGCAUUUGUAUGUUCUUGCAACUGAAGCCAGAUGGAUUCAAACAGUUGAUGUGGACACUGGUUUACCUGUGUAUGUCCCUGUUGAAGUUACGAUUAAGGAAACAGAUCUCUAUAAUGAAACAAGUUUCUGUGAGGUCACUCCUUGCAGUCUUCCAGAACGUGCUAUUUUGAAGGCUGUUCGUGUCUGUGGUCCCCGAUACUGGCCUCAAGUUAUUGAGCUCUGUCCUGAAGAACAAGCUUGGUGGAAUUCUGGAGACAAAAAUCACCCAUUUAAUUCAGGGGUUCUAUAUGUCAAAAGAAAAGUUGGGUCGUGUUCUUAUGUGGACGAUCCUAUAGGAAGUCAAUCUUUGCUGUCUCGAGCAAUGCACAAGAUGAGUGCCACGACUCAACCAAAAUCAUGCAGUCCAAGCACUGAGUGCACAGGUGAAGUCACGGUAGAUCAGUUGGUUAGUACUUUCUCGUCAGAUCCAAGCUUAAUUGCUUUUGCCCAACUCUUUUGUGACUCAUCCUCAAGUACCAGAUCUGAGCUCGACUUUCAGGAAUUCUGCCUGCAAGUGUUAUUUGAGUGUGUGAGCAAGGACAGACCAGCAAUGUUACAGGUUUAUUUGUCAUUAUACGCCACAAUUGGAUACAUGGUGGAUUCUUUUGUUAGUGAUACUUGCACAUCGAGCGACACCCUUUCUCUUUCUAGUUUAAAGAUUGCUGUAGCUUAUAAUGAAGCUGUCUCAAAUGGAAGAUUAACUAAUUUGAGAGGGGGAAUUGUGCAAGUAGCUUUUCUUGGAUCACUGAAGAAGCGAAUCGAAGACAUAUUGAACAGUUGUCCAGACAUGAAUUCCCAGUUGUGUGCUUAUAUUACUUCAGGGGAAUGGCCAACGAAUAAUAAUAAUAAUAAUGCAAACAAGUCUAAAACAUUCCUUUCAUGGUACCUCCAAUGGUAUAGUGUUGCAUCACCGCUAGAUAUUAAAACAGUGGCAAACAAGAUUCGACGUGAUAACAUAUGCCCAUCUGUUGCUUUAUUGCGCCUCGUAUUUCCCAGCACUCAUAUUUCUGCAAUCGGUGCUUUAAAUAGAUACUAUUCAUCGUUUAAAGUUGAAGAUUGAAACGAUCCACCCGGUUACGCUAGGUACUUAUUUCAGAAGUCUAGUACCACUAUUUAUACUUAGCAUCGAUGUUAAACGGGUGGGCUGCUGCUAUUUAAUUAUCCUUAUAGAGAUCACUUAUCUGUAAAUUAAAGAUAGAGCACAAUUAUUAUUCUUCAAUUGUAAUGUUUUUAUUGUUGUAAAAUGUGUUUUGUAUUAGUGUGGAGCUCAGCUUGUACUGGUGUUUGUAUCACAUUUAUUGUCUGUGUAAUAUAGAAGACUCCAUAAGCAGUAAUAUAGACAGACUCAUGCUAUGUGGUGCAUUUUCCUUGUUUAUCAAAUCAAGAUUCAAUGUUUUAGCAAAAGCCAAUCAAUUCCUCUUGUUGGGAGUAUAUGUUUUAGAAGAGAAGAAAGAAGGAGAUGAUGAAGAUCCAGAUGAAAGUCCUGACAAGCAAUGUAAUGGUGUCAUUAGCUAUAUAUCGUACCAUUUAAUUUGUUUGUAUCAAUUUUGCCCCUUUACCAUUCUUAAUUAGUUGAUUGGAAAAUAAUUAACGACAAGGUAUUAUAGUAUUUACUUUGU